CUGAGAGCAGAAAGUCCCAAUAUUGUCCUGCAGAAGCCUCUUUCCAUGGCUUCCACUUCUUUUCUUUUUUUUUUCCGCCCUCUUGUAUGAUUGUUGCGCUUCAUGUUUCCAUUUUUAUUAUUUUUGGCAAGAAAUUAAAAAAAAUUUUUUUGUUUAUAUAACUGCCGCUAAUACAGUAAAGGGGCUAUAUCUCGAUGACAAAACUAGCAAGUGUUUAUCUGGCUGACACUGUGCCCUGAAUCUCCCCGAGUUGUGGGAGGGAGGGGGGGGUGGGAGGCGUGUAUAGAGUAUAGAGCACAAACUGCUUGGUACGGUAGGAAACAGUGGGGAUAUCCACAACAAGGUAUGUGACAGAGGAGCCUGGAAUCUGUGAGGGGUCUUUGGGGAUUCAAAGGAACGGAGAUACAAACUCCCGUCAGUCUUUAAAAUCAAGCACCAGCUGGAUACAAGGGAGCACAUGGAUAGGGCUGUGUACCUCUACUUGCUCUACAGCAUGUGGGCUGUUACUGCAGUCCAAGGAAACUGCCCAGCGGGAUGCCAGUGUGACAAACUCAAUCAAGUCCAGUGCCGGGGUCAGAAUAUCACGGACGUCCCCAGCUCCUUUCCACACAAAACCAACUACAUUUACAUAGCCAACACGAGCAUCUCCAUUUUAAAGCCAGGUGACUUUGACAGCUGCGCCACAACUCUGAAAAAUGUGAACAUCAGCUAUUCUGGUGUAACGGAGAUAUUAGAUGGCACUUUCAACAAAACUCAAAACCUGACAGCCCUGAGUCUAAGGGGAAGCAAACUGACAGGCCUACCGGGGAAACUGUUCUGGAACUUGAAAGGUCUACAGCGACUCCUGCUGGACAGGAAUAACAUCACGGCACUUUCACAGGAGACCUUCCAGGGUCUGAGCGAGCUUAGGUCCCUCGACCUGUCCCGAAACGCCCUCACCACGAUCCCGGAGAGCAGCUUUGACGACCUGGUGAAUCUGGAGCAGCUGUCCCUCUACCAGAACCGCAUCAAGCAUCUCCCGGCAAAGCUGUUCUACGGCCUACGCAAACUGCAGGAACUGUACCUCUCCAGAAACUGCCUGUCGGUGCUGCCAGGGGGGAUCUUCUCCCAACUCGUGGCCCUCUCCAAACUGUCCCUCUUUCGUAACUGCCUAGAGAGGCUGUCUGUCGGAGUUUUUGGACCCAUGCCUCUCCAGGAGCUCUGGCUCUAUGACAACAGGCUGACCCACCUGGACGACGACGUGUUCCAAAACCUGACCCAGCUCCGUCUGCUGGUUCUGAGCAGGAACCAGAUCAACUCCACCUCAGUCCACGCGUUCCGGGGCCUGACGGCACUGGAGGAGCUGUCCCUGCACACCAACAGGCUCGUCAGCCUCCAGGAGGGCACGUUCAGCGGGCUGACCUCGCUGGUCAAGGUCUCCCUGCAGCACAACCGCCUUCGGUCCCUCCCUGGGAAGCUCCUCCACGGUCUGCCUGGACUCAGGCGCCUGGACCUCCACAACAACUCCCUGCCCAAUCUGCCCCAAGAGCUCCUGGCCUCCCUGGAGAGGGCUGACCAGGUGCUCCUGAGACAGAACCCGUGGCAGUGCGACCAGGAUAUCAUUCCUCUCAGAAACUGGCUGCACCGCCACCCCUCCAAGGUGCAGAAUUUCAUCGAGGUGGUGUGCCACUCGCCCGAGUCUUUGAGCGGCACCAGCCUGGCUGACUUCCACCGGCAGCCUGCUCCAGCCCUGCAGGGUUUGGGGGAGGACAUCGAUGUGAUUAUCGUAGCGCUAGCCUGCACUCUCAUCAUCACCAUCCUCCUUGGCAUCAUUUUCUUCUGGAGAAAAAAGGAGAAGAAGGCCUCUAAACUCCCAGACCGAGAUUCAGACAAUCCUGUUCAAAUGGAAUGAAAAGUCCACCGGCAACCUAUUGGGCAGCCAACUCUCAGUUAACUAUCAGGACUGGAUAAGCACAUGCCAACUUCAUAUAUAGAAUAUUUAUUUGUGUAUGUGUGUGUGAGUCUGUGUGCGUGUGUGUGUGUGUGUGUGCGCGUAAGUCUUAAUUUCUUCUCAAAUAAACAAGCUAUCAUCUCCCAAUCACCCUUAUGCUAUGUGUAUAUGCUGUGUGUUCAUGCAAUAAUAUAAUUUAUAAAAAGAAAAAUAAUAAUACUAUGCAACAAUAAAUGGUUUGUGACAGAUCUAUAAAUUAUUAGAACAAAUACGUAUAAAUGAGUCACCUCAUCAUAUAUAAGUCAUUAGUAUUAUUCUUUUUCCAUGAAUAAUGUUGUAACCAUGACACCUAUAAAUUCCACACUUGCUUGAAGGUAUGAAAAUGGCAAACCUGUAUAUUGGCAUGCUAUUAAAAUGUCUUUGUUUUGAAACAACAUGUCAAUAUAUUUUUAAAUGACAUGAGUAUCUAAAGUCAUUAAUUGAAAGCAUUCUGCAUUUGCAUGUAUACAAACCAGUUUUACAAUGAAUAAAGGGGUGUUUUGUCAUUUAAUAUUUGA